AUGGAAAAAUGGAAAGAGAUUCCUUUGUCAAAGGAAGAAGAAGAAGGAGUCACGGUGGAAGGAGAGGAAAUUUGUGGGGAAGAAACUUUUCAGCGGACCCUGGCGGGUAGGCUAUGGACUGACAGCAGUUUUAACUCGAGAGCGUUUCUGAGUACGAUGCUGGGGGCUUGGAAGCUGAGGAACCCGGUGGAAACGCAGGAACUCAAUAAGAAUCUCUUUCUCUUUAGGUUUUCUACCAAACGAGAUCUGGAGACGGUGUUGAGAAACGGUCCUUGGAGCUUCGAUAGAAACAUUCUGGUGCUCGCGAGAGUGUCCGGAGAGGAGCAACCAUCUGAGCUAAACAUGCACUUUGGGGUUUUUUGGGUGAGAGUUUACGAAUUGCCCCUAAUGCUUCGGUCAGAAUCUAUGGCGAGAAAACUGGGGGGAAUUUUGGGAAAGUUUGAAGAAAUGGAUAUGAAGGAAGCGUAUAGGAAUGGAAGAUUUCUGAGGAUUAAAGUUACUUUGGAUCUCAAGCAGCCCUUGAAGAGGGGAACGGUUGUCAGAUUUAAAGAGAAGAAUCUACGGGUCCAUUUCAAAUAUGAGAGGCUUCCGACUUUCUGCUUUGUUUGUGGGCGCCUUGGUCAUCAGCUAAAGGAUUGUGAGUCUGCCGGUGAUCUCAGUGACGAGGGUUAUGAUGAAAUUGAAGAGACGGAUCUUUUGUACGGCCAGUGGCUGAGGGCAUCUCCUUUGCCCAGAGUGCAGGAGGAAAAUUCAAAAAAGAAAGAUUCAACCUCUGGUUCGUGUAGCAGGAGCUUAUUCAACCUCUCCUCAGGACAGAGUAAGUGUGAAACAAAAGGUAAAGAAAAGGAAGGAGAAGGAGAAGUGGAACAACUCAAAGGUGUCGGUGAAGGAAGGAAACAGGUUAUGCCCAAGGAUGCGGUUGGCCCAAUUACGGGACGGGAUAGUUUGCUGGAAAUAGAAGCCGUGGCUGAAUCUUUUGGAGCGGUAGACAUUUCGAAUGUGGGGACGGGGAAGUCUGGUUUGGACAAGGUUUCAGGCAGAAAAAAGAAAAAGUGGACUAGACGACAACCUUCAAGGAAAAGGGAGGCAAUCAAUACAGAAAAGUUAGAAGUGGAGAUAGGGAAGAGACAACUGGUAGAUGUUAUGAUAACGGAGGGAGAAGUGGAGGAAUGUGGAAGUGGAGAGAAGAAGAGGAAGGGACAAAGUGCAAUGGAGACCUCAUUACAAAAGUCACCAGAGGUGGUGUUGGAUGGCCAACACCGCCUAGGACAAUGA